AUGUAUGAUCGGUCGGGAAAAAGUGCCUUUAGUCUUGACAGAAUCAUACAAAAAGAUGCUUCGGAACGUCCUCUUUCCAAUGACGAAACUCCGAGCUCGAUAGCCCUUACCGAUCGAAAGCUUUUCAAAAAAUGGUCACGGUCAUUUAACUCUGAUAUGGACUAUAAUUUUGACAUCAAUAUCAUCAGUCCAUCGCAACAAGAUAAAAUCGGUUCAGAAAAUCUGCUCACGCCUGAUGGACAAACUAUUGAUGAUGCUAUAGAUGAUGAAGAAGAGACAAAAAGUUAA